UAUUCCUACACACUGAGCUGACUGAAUAAAAAGCUGAAAAAUAUCCUUCAUCCUGUGAUUUUUCUUCGUUUUAAGACGGUUACCUUCUGCCUCUGUCUUUAUUCACUCUAGAGUGAUAACCAGGUUGCCAUGGUGAUCCUCCUGCAGCAUAGCAACAACCUCAGCAUCGGCCAUAGCUCAGUGUCGGACCCCACCGCCGCCGGCGCGCUGAGCCGGGCGGGUCACACCGCGGCGGCCGUUGUCCUCGGGUUCAUCCUGGUGCUGGGUUUCCUCGGUAACUUCCUCGUGCUGUUGGUGUUCUCGCGCUUUCCCGGGCUGGUGACCCCAGUGAACCUGCUGCUGAUCAACAUCAGCAUCAGCGACAUGCUGGUCUGCAUCUUCGGGACUCCCCUCAGCUUCGCGGCCAGUGUGCGCGGCAGGUGGCUGACCGGGUCCUACGGGUGCCGGUGGUACGGUUUCUCCAACGCGUUUUUCGGUAUGGUGUCCCUUGUGUCCCUCUCUCUGCUGUCCUUAGAGCGAUACACUGUGGUGCUCAGCAGUACACAGUCAGACUCCUCUCAGUACCGCAGGGCCAGACUCGCUGUUGCGGCCUCAUGGUUCUACUCGCUGGUCUGGACUCUGCCGCCUCUGCUGGGCUGGAGCAGGUCUGUGCUGCCCAAACAUUAACCCAUCCCUUUACUCACUAGAUCAUUCACUCAGACUGAUUAUGCUAAAACUGCUGGUGCUGGUUUAUUCACCUAACCCCUUGAAACUUGAGCAUAUUGGCUUGAUUUCUUUC